AUGGCCGCCAUGCCCAAUGCGCCUGCCACUUUCAAGCAGAAGCUCGCCGUCGCUCACUAUGUAUUUCUGUGGCUAGUCUGCCCGAUCAUGUCGCUAUGGGUGCCCCUCUACCUGCUAACUACGAACAUCUGGCCGCUGGUGCUGGCCUAUUUUGGCUGGAUGUUCCUCGACUACUCGACGCCCCGGAAGGGAGGAAGGUCUUGGAAAUGGUAUCAGCGCCUUUCUCUAUGGAAACAUUUCCGCGACUACUUUCCGUUGCGAAUGGUGAAAACGGCUGAUCUCCCGGCGGAUAGGAAUUAUAUUCUCGGGUCUCACCCGCACGGCGUCCUGAGCUUUGGGAUCUUCGGCAAUUGCCUGACAGCAGCCAGCGGGUUCCGUGAACAAUUCCCAGGAAUUCAGCCAUCGGUCGCCACUCUUGACGGUCAAUUCAAAUUCGCUGUGCGCCGCGACUUUGCGAUGGGAAUGGGCGGCGUCUCGGCUGCUCAAGAAUCAAUCUCGUGGCUUCUGCAGAACCCGGGCAAGGGCCGUGCGGUGGCUGUGGUCGUCGGUGGGGCCGAGGAGGCUCUCGAGGCCCGUCCGGGUGCCACUCGUUUGCGUCUUGUCAAGCGUUACGGAUUUACAAAAAUCAAGUCCGUCUUCGGGUUCGCCCCUCCGCAGCUCCGCGGCACCGGCCUCUUCACCUCCUUCGGUCUCCUCCCCAAGCGCCGCCCGGUCACCUCGGUCUUUGGGAGCCCCAUCGAGUGCAAGGUUGACGGCCACGAAUAUGGCACCACCCCCGAUUUGGCAGAUGUGGAACGCGUACAUGCCGCCUAUUGCGAGCAGCUGAACGAGCUGUUUGAGACGCACAAACUUGGCCACGGCUACCCGGAGGAGGCAAAGCUUGAAUUCUUC